AUGGUUGCCAUCUCCAUUCUCACUCUGGGAGCUUUGUUCGCGCAGGCGUGGGCUAUCCCCACUGCCGUGGACAGUGCUACUGCGAGCGCGACUCCCACCGCUGCUUCCACCUCCCUGCCGAUCGCUGAGUCACAGCUUGCGGACUUGGCUGGGUUGGCGUACAACACCACCAUCGAUACUGUCUCGAGCGACUCGGACAUUACCAAGCGUGGUACUUGUUCCUUGAGCAAUCUGCGCAUCCGUCGCGAUUGGAGGACUUUCUCUAGCACCCAGAAGAAGUCCUACAUCAGCUCCAUCCUUUGCCUGCAGAAGUUGCCUUCUUUGACUCCUUCCGCGGAGGUCCCUGGUGCGCGGUCUCGUUACGAUGACUUUGUCGCAACCCACAUCAACCAGACUUUGGAGAUUCACUUCACCGGAACCUUCCUCGCGUGGCACCGGUACUUCAUCUACAACUUCGAGGAAGCCAUGCGCAACGAGUGUGGCUACACCGGCGACUACCCCUACUGGAACUGGCCCGCUGACGCCGGCAACCUGGAGACAUCCCAAGUCUUCGACGGCAGCGACACCUCGAUGUCCGGAAACGGCGCCACCGUCGCGUCCGCCGGCGACAUCCAGCUGAGUCUGGGCGACUACCCGAUCAUCUACCUACCCACCGGCAACGGCGGCGGCUGCGUGACCAGCGGCCCCUUCAAGGACUACACCGUCAACCUGGGCCCCGUCACCCUGAUGCUCCCCGGCGGCGGCAGCCAAACCAGCGAGAACCCCUUCGCCUACAACCCCCGCUGCCUGAAGCGCGAUCUGACCACCAAGAUCGUCCAGGAUUACGCCAACUUCACCGCGGUCGUGGACCUGAUCCUGCGCCACGACAACGUCUACGACUUCCAGAUGAACAUGCAGGGUGUCCCCGGCAGCGGCAACAUCGGCGUCCACGGUGGCGGUCACUACUCCAUGGGCGGUGAUCCGGCCCGUGAUGUCUUCGUCAGCCCCGGUGACCCUGCUUUCUGGCUCCACCACGGUAUGAUUGAUCGCACCUGGUGGAUCUGGCAGAACUUGGACCUGCACAAGCGUCUGAAUGCUAUUUCUGGCACCGGUACUUUCUUGAACAGCCCGGCUUCGGCGAACACUACCCUUGACACCCUCAUUAACAUUGGUUAUGCUGGUGGUUCGGAUAUUGCUAUGCGCGAUCUCAUGAGCACCGUCUCCGGUCCUUUCUGCUACAUCUACCUGUAG